CCAUGGAUUGUUAAAACUCAAUCUCUCUAUUUUUCUCCCUUCUCUUUUCCUCUUUCUCUUUCUCUUUUCCUCUCGCUCUCUCCGCGUGUCACCAUCCUCAAUGUCUCCCGACAGCUUUUAAUGCAACGAAAAUGAGGAUUACUUACUUACAGCUGAUCUUGGUAUUUGCUGGCUUUUGGGAAAUGGCAAUGGGGGCUUUUCCGAGCAGCGUUCAAAUCGGGGGACUCUUCAUCAGAAACACCGAUCAGGAGUACACAGCCUUUCGCCUGGCCAUCUUUCUGCACAACACCAGCCCCAACGCUACAGAGGCUCCCUUUAACCUGGUGCCUCAUGUAGACAACAUUGAGACAGCCAACAGUUUCGCCGUCACCAAUGCCUUCUGUUCGCAGUACUCCCGGGGCGUCUUCGCCAUCUUCGGCCUGUACGACAAGCGGUCGGUGCACACGCUGACGUCCUUCUGCAGCGCGCUGCACAUCUCGCUGGUCACGCCCAGCUUCCCCACCGAGGGCGACACCCAGUUCGUCCUGCAGCUGCGGCCCUCCAUCCGGGGGGCCCUCCUCAGCCUGCUCGACCACUACGACUGGAACCGCUUCGUCUUCCUCUACGACACGGACCGAGGAUAUGCCAUCCUGCAGGCGAUUAUGGAGAAAGCAGGACAAAACAGCUGGCAGGUGAGCGCCAUCUGUGUGGAGAACUUCAACGACGCCAGCUACCGGCGUCUCCUCGAGGACCUUGACCGCCGAGAGGAGAAGAAGUUCGUCAUUGACCUGGAAGCGGAGAGGCUUCAGAACAUUCUGGAACAGAUCGUCAGUGUGGGAAAGCACGUGAAGAGCUACCAUUACAUCAUUGCCAAUCUGGGCUUCAAGGACAUCUCCCUGGAGCGCUUCAUGCAUGGCGGGGCCAACGUGACGGGCUUCCAGCUGGUGGACUUCAGCAAGCCCAUGGUCAUUAAGCUCAUGCAGCGCUGGAACAAGCUGGACCAGAGGGAGUACCCGGGAUCAGACAGCCCACCAAAGUACACGUCCUCUCUGACGUAUGAUGGAGUACUGGUGAUGGCGGAGGCAUUCCGGAACCUCCGUCGGCAAAAAAUAGACAUCUCUCGACGGGGGAACGCCGGGGACUGCCUGGCAAAUCCAGCCGCCCCUUGGAACCAGGGCAUUGAUAUGGAGCGCACCUUGAAACAGGUGCGCAUCCAAGGCCUGACGGGCAACAUUCAGUUUGACCACUACGGCCGCCGAGUCAACUACACGAUGGACGUGUUUGAGCUGAAGGGCAACGGUCCGCGCAAGAUUGGCUACUGGAACGACAAUGACAAGCUGGUGCUGGUCCAGAACGAGCCGCUCUCGUCCAACGACAGCUCCGGCAUCGAGAACCGCACUGUCAUCGUCACCACCAUCAUGGAGGGGCCCUACGUGAUGCUGAAGAAGAACCACGAGCUGUACGAUGGCAACGACCGCUACGAGGGCUACUGCGUGGACCUGGCCUCCGAGAUCGCCAAGCACAUCGGCAUCAAGUACAAGAUCUCCAUCGUGCCCGACGGGAAGUACGGAGCCCGGGACCCGGAGACCAAGAUCUGGAACGGAAUGGUCGGAGAGCUGGUGUAUGGGAGAGCUGAGAUCGCAGUGGCCCCUCUGACCAUCACCCUGGUGCGUGAGGAGGUGAUCGACUUCUCCAAGCCCUUCAUGAGCUUGGGCAUCUCCAUCAUGAUCAAGAAGCCCCAGAAGUCCAAGCCCGGCGUCUUCUCCUUCCUGGACCCGCUGGCCUACGAGAUCUGGAUGUGUAUCGUGUUCGCCUACAUCGGCGUGAGCGUGGUCCUGUUCCUGGUGAGCCGCUUCAGCCCGUACGAGUGGCACACGGAAGAGCCGGAGGAGGGCGUUGAAGGGGGGCCCACCGACCAGCCGCCCAACGAGUUCGGUAUCUUCAACAGCCUGUGGUUCUCCCUGGGGGCCUUCAUGCAGCAAGGUUGCGACAUUUCUCCCAGGUCUCUGUCAGGUCGUAUCGUGGGAGGUGUGUGGUGGUUCUUCACCCUCAUCAUCAUCUCCUCCUACACGGCCAACUUGGCUGCCUUUCUCACUGUCGAGCGCAUGGUGUCGCCCAUCGAGAGCGCCGAGGACCUGGCCAAGCAGACGGAAAUCGCCUACGGCACGCUGGACUCCGGGUCCACCAAGGAGUUCUUCCGGAGGUCAAAGAUUGCCGUCUAUGAGAAGAUGUGGAGCUACAUGAAGUCGGCCGAGCCCACGGUGUUCACCAAGACGACGGCCGAGGGCGUGGCGCGCGUGCGCAAGUCCAAAGGGAAGUAUGCCUUCCUGCUGGAGUCCACCAUGAACGAAUACACGGAGCAGCGGAAGCCGUGCGACACCAUGAAAGUCGGGGGCAACCUGGACUCCAAGGGCUACGGGGUAGCCACCCCCAAAGGCUCACAGUUAAGAAAUGCUGUUAACCUCGCAGUGUUAAAACUGAACGAACAAGGGCUGUUGGACAAAUUGAAAAAUAAAUGGUGGUACGACAAGGGCGAGUGUGGCAGCGGAGGCGGUGACUCCAAGGACAAGAGCUCCCAGGCCCUGAGCCUCAGCAACGUGGCUGGGGUCUUCUACAUCCUGGUGGGGGGCCUGGGACUGGCAAUGUUGGUGGCGCUGGUUGAGUUCUGUUACAAGUCACGGGCCGAAGCCAAGAGAAUGAAGCUCACCUUCACGGAAGCCAUGAGAAACAAGGCCCGUCUGUCCAUCACGGGUAGCGUGGGGGAGAACGGACGCGUCCUGACUCCCGACUGCUCCAAGGCCGUGCACUCUGGCCCGUCUCUCCGCCACAGCUCGGGAUUGGCCGUGGUGUCAUCGGACCUGCCGUGAAAACCAAAAACACACCCUGUGCCUUAAAAACAAGAACAAAACAAAAACAAACAAAAAUCACUCACAUUAACAAUGACGCAACCAGAACUGAAGACAGCCAGCAGGCUAACAAGAGACUCAGCAGGGGGAAAGGAGAGGGAAUGCGGAGAGGACAGCCUGAUACAAAAACGACUAUCAAGCAGUUUAAAAUAUAUCGAUAUAUAAAUAUAUAUAAAUAUAUUGAUUCUCGUUGUGGCUCCUACUGCAACAGGAAGGAUCAUGCUGAGGCAUGACAGGUGUGCAAGGAUUGUAACGCAGCACAGACUAGUGACACCACUGAGCAAGGUCUCAACGACGAACAGUUUCGAAAACUCCAGGAAACUCGGCGUUAUUCUGAUCUGGGUGACCUGCGGUUCGCAGAGACAACGCAUUUUCGGCUGAGCGAGCCUAGUCUGUUCCGCUCUCAACGCCUUACCGAGAUCAACCUCGCUUCAGGACCACGCCUCUCAUCCAUAUCGCCACCAGUAAACAGAGAAGACGCCAGUAGAAAUCAAUUUAGAAGACCAGAAAACUGUCGACUUGAAUCACAGACUGUGUAAAUCUGCUUUUUAUCACCAUUAACUGUUCGACUUGAACGACUUUAGCCUCUUCAGUUUCCCGCCUCGCCAAAUGAGUGCAGAAAUACUGUAAUUGAGAAGAAGAUGGUAGCAACUCUCAUGGAAUUUGUUAACCAACACGGACGUCAGGGCAGCCAACACUGAAAGAGUUUUUGGUUUGUUUUGUUUUUUUUAGAAAGCAA